AUGGUGGCUGCCUUCGCGGAGCGCGGGCGCCUCCGGGAGGCCGCGGACAAGCUGCGGAGCCACGGGUUCCCGCUCGUCGUCGAGACCGGCAACUGGGUGCUCCGCGUCGGGCUGCGGCACCGGGCUGCUGCUUCGCCCACGCUCGCGAGGCGUUCGACGGAAUUGCACUCGCCGCCGGCGGCGUGCGCCCCGACGAACGCAGCUUCCGUGCGCUCGUCCUCGGGUGCUGCCGGGAGGGGGCGGUUCGGGUGCGCUCGUCCAGGUGUUCGACGAUGGCCACGGACCUGCUCACCAGGUGCUAGUCCAGCUAUUUGGAAGCAUGAUGCUGAAAUUAUGUGGUUUUUGCUGGGUGCGGUUGGCAACUCUCUGCUUUCAAUGGUUCUUAAAAAGAUGCUAAACCAUGAAAGACCUGCAGCAGCUCUGCGGUCUGAUCCUGGGAUGCCAUCGUCCCAUGCACAAUCCAUAUUCUAUGCUGCGACCAUCCUAGCUCUUUCAUUGUACUAUUGGCUUGGGACAAAUUAUCUGACCAUGAUUCUUGGGCCUGCAACUCUGUCAGCGGCCGCCUAUCUGUCUUGGCUACGAGUGUCUCAGCGCCUUCAUACACUAAACCAGGUCACUGUGGGAGCUGUUGUAGGAUCUGCCUUCGGUGCUCUAUGGUUUGUGCUCUGGCAUUCGCUUGUGCAGGAGGCUUUUGCUUCUUCUCUGCUGGUCAGGAUUGCAGUUAUCGUUGGAUCAUCAUCAUUUUGUGUUAGCUUUGUCAUCUACAUGAUUCGUCACUGGCUCAAGGAUGAGUAA